UCACUCAGUCAGUGUCUGUUGCGACCUCGACCAGCAAACAUCGCAGCAACUGCCGUGUAUUGAACUCGCGUGACUCUCAGCGUCCUCCCCUCUCGCUAAUCCCCACCCCUGAACUCUACAAUACCUUUAUCAGCCCCUAUUCAAGGUUCGCGAAUUGAGGAGAAAAAAAAUUCAAGUGAAAAGUCGGGAGCCGUAGGACUUUCCAAAUGAGACCACUGACCAAAAACAGCUAGACGCAACAUUCGCUCGAUAUUCCAGCAACUCGCGAGUAAUUACAUAAUGGGUGUUAAGUGCUUCUGGAGUUCGAUACUCCUGAUGAGCUGCAUCGCUAGUGAAGCCCUCGCCAAUGUGCAGAGCAGGGUCAGGUGUACCAAGGACUCCAUGGAGGUGGAUAUCUCUAGGAGCAGCCCUCAGGCCGAAAUAUAUCUUCAGCAGUUGAAGAAUUAUCCUGAUGAAGCCUGCAAACCUGUUCUCAGAGAUGGUGUCGCAACGUUCAGACUGUCAUUGACGGAACAGGCAAUGUCUCGGUGUGGGAUAACGCGAGUUGUCAAUAAAGUCACUGGUCAAAAAGUCUACUACCAUCGGAUCAUUGUGGAGGAGCCAGACGAUUCCACCAAACACACGUUUACAGUAAAGUGCAUUGUAACAGAGUUUAUUCUCCACUCCGAAGUUCCUCGAAAUCAUACCAUUGUAAGAAGAAAUAUUCUGCCAGCUGAAUUCAAAGAGGAUGAUACCAUCGAUUUUCGUGGUGAAAUAAACGGUACAGCACCGAUACCCCUCCUUAACGUCGGUGUUCGACAAAAUGGUAAUCUUGUCACUGGUGAACUCAAUGUCAGCCCUGGUACUCCGUUGCAGAUGGAAAUCUAUCUGGACAAUAAUUCAUCGCAUGUUUAUGGCCUUCUCGUGACUUAUAUGCAGGUCACUGACACCAAGUACGCGGAGGAAACCAUCAUUUUUAACGGGUGCUCUGUAGAUCCUUAUCUCUUCGAGAACUUUAAUACAGUUGACGGGGACUUUCUGACUGCUAAAUUCAGAGCUUUUAAGUUUCCUGAGAGCACUUACGUACAGUUCACCGCAACCGUUAAUGUGUGUCUGGACAGAUGCGAGGGGGUGGAGUGCAGCAGUGGCCAGACUGGAUUUGGAAGGAAGAAACGAGCCAUCGUCUCGGAUGCCAAGAAAGAAAAGUUUGUUUACACCACCACGACAUUCAUGAGAGUCGACUGGGACGAGAAUACAAUCAGAAACAAAUCAUUGUCCCACUUCGUGAGGAAGGGCACACGGAGAUCAGCACAAGCAGAACAGUCGGUAAUUGCUGAGGAGAUUGAGGAGCAAUUAUUCUACAAAGUAACUGAAGGUGAAGUCAGUGCUUCGGGUAGAAUUUCCCUCAGUUGUUUCGCGAUUCUACUGUUCUACAUGCCGAAUAUACUUUAAGACAAUUGUUACAAAAAUCGUGGAAUUAUUUUUAAUUGAGUUAAUAUUCAAUUCAACUAAGUGGAACACUCGAUGUAUUAAUUUCUUCGAUAGCAACGCCAUGACUCUCUGAUCAAUUGUUGAAUGACUCAUUAUCUUAAACUGCUGAAUGUUGCUGGGGUUCCAAAUGUUUCAACUACUUAAUGUGAUACUAAAAUAACGUUUAUAUCAUUGCUAUAAAGAUUAGAGAAGAAUACAAUGUUAACUGAACGAAGUCGCACUAGGAAAUGAUGGAUUAAUGAGAUACAAUGACUCGAUUGUUUCUCCACUUUGUGACUGCUAGAUUUUUCAUAAUCUCAAUUUUUUAUGCCUCGAAAAUUGGCUUUUGCAAGUGGAGAAGCCCAAGGAACUAGUCGUACGACGUCGUUGAGCAAUUACAGUAAUUUUAAGUGUAAUUUCUAAUGAUUGAUUUUGGAUUUUUUUUCUUUCGUAACUACUAUUUUUUUUUUAAAUACAUAUUGACUUUUAGAUAAGAAAAAUUUAAUAAAGGCAAUUUUAAGAAUUGUGA